AUGUCGUCCAAGGUCAAGGCCGGUCAGCUCUGGGGCAAGAACAAGGAUGAGCUCGCCAAGCAGCUCGAGGAGUUGAAGCUGGAGCUCAACCAGCUCCGCGUUCAGAAGAUCUCCAGCGGUGCUUCCACGAAGACUCAGAAGAUCGGCGAGGUUCGCAAGUCGAUCGCUCGUGUCCUCACCGUCAUCAACGCCAACCAGCGCGCCCAGCUGCGUCUGUUCUACAAGAACAAGAAGUACCUUCCCCUCGACCUCCGCCCCAAGCUCACCCGUGAGAUCCGUCGCCGUCUCACCAAGCACGAGGCUACCCGCACCACCGAGCGUCAGCAGAAGCGCGCCACUCACUUCCCCCAGCGGAAGUACGCUGUUAAGGCUUAA